AUGGGAAACGAAGGAGAAACACCAAAAAGUACUGCGGCGGCGUCUAUUUGCUCAGCGAUCCAACAACCGGCGGCCAUGCGCGAGGACGGCAACAUCGCGCUCAAUUGGCGAGAAUGGAAAUCAUCGUUCGAUUAUUAUCUUAGUGCGUUGGGAAAGGACACCGCUCCCGCUAAGGAGAAAUGUGCAUUAUUUCUUCAUGUUAUUGGGAGAUAUGGACGUGAAAUUUUUGAAGAACUAGAUUUGAGUGAGAUUUUGAAGGUAGAUUACGAAAACUUAAUUCUCACUCAAAUUAUAAGAGGAAUUAAAGACUCGACGAUACGUGAAAGACUCCUGGCGAAAGAAACUCUCAGUUUGGAAAGUGCCGUUUCGUGGUGUCGUGCGAUCGAGAGGGCAGGCAAGCAGGCGGAGAGGUGCGGGCGCGCCGAUCAGGCUGCGCCGGCGCCGACGUCCGCCGAUCCGGCGCUGGAUGAGUUAGGAGCGGGAGCGCGAGGCCGCGGUCGGUACACCGCGCGCCGCCUGCCGCAGCGAUAUCAACCACGACCGCAGCGAGCAUACAAAUUGGAUUACGGUGAUAGAAGUGCUUAUGCGUGUGAUAAGUGCGGCCACAGACAUGGAAGUGAUAAUAAAUGCAAAGCGAAAAUUGUUAGUGAAGUCAACCACGAUGAAGAGGAUGAAAUUCAAACG